AUGGUUCGUGUUGCUGUAUUCGGUGGAUCUAAAGGUUGUUCUCGUGCUAUGGUCGUUCAAGGCUUAGAAAAAAAUCAACAUCAAUUCAAGUUAUUGAUUCGUAAUCCAGAUACAAUGGAAUUUACGGAAGAACAGAAAUCGAAAUUAACCAUCGUAAAGGGAGAUGCUUUGGACCCCGUUACUGUUAGACAAACUGUGCAAGAUACAGAUGUGAUUGUGUUCUCAGUUGGCAGUGCAUUUGAUAUGAAGACAAGAAAGAUGGUCAGUCCUGGUUUAUGUUAUGAUUCAAUGAAGGUUUUGUUGGAUGUUCUUAAGGAGAUGGAUCAACGACCUAAGCGUCUGGUGGUUGUCUCUACAACAGGCUUGGAUGGAAUGAAAGAAGUGCCUUACCUGUUUUGGCCCAUGUACCGAUACUUGCUACAUGACCCUCAUAUGGACAAGGCAAAGAUGGAAGAGUUAGUGGAUUAUCAAGACGUGAUUAGUGAUUGGAUUAUUUGGGCAAAUACAGAGCCGAAGUUGGGAUUUCAGGAUACACAAUCAGCAGACAAGAUGUUGGCCAUUUCUUAUUAA